AUGGCUGAUCCUGCACAUCCCUCCACAGCCGGUUGGCGCAUCCCCAAGGCAUGCCAGGAAUGCCGCAAGCGCAAGAUCCGCUGCAAUGGCUCAUCGCCCUCUGAUAUGAUCGGAGGGGCUACGGGCCCGUGGACCGAGGCGACCGAAAGUUGCAAAACAUGCCAGCAAAGGAAUACACCCUGUGUAUAUCGAGACUUCAUCCGACAUCGAAGGAAGAAGCAUGAGUAUUAUGAGGCUCCACAGGAGAGCCAACACCCUCGAGCGUCACCAGGUGUCACACAGCCGCUAUCACGGCCUCGCAGUGCCUCACUCAUGCAUAAUUUCCCAAGUAGCGUGUCCGCAACCCAUAUGGCCUCGCCCUCUUGCCAGAUGCAGCUAUACUAUGGGCCAACAUCGCAUUUUGCGCUCAUGCAGCAUAUCUAUCGAGAUCUAGUUUCGAAUCCAACCACUCAGCAAGAGCCAUCUGGAGGAGUAGAAGAGGCCGGAGCUGGCCUCGACUUGUUUAGCUUUCGCCGUAUCUUCUUCGGGACCCCGGACGCACAUGAGGUCGGUAAGACUGCGGGCUUGGGCGAAGUCCCACUCAUGUUCUUGCCGUACGAAUUGGCCAAGCUCUUUCUAUCCCGAUAUUUGGCCACCUUGUACCAUAUGUUACCUCAUCGCCCCAAGGCGUACCUAGAGCAAUGUCUGGAACGGAUGUACAACCCCUCUCCGACAAUUCAUCCAGAUACGCUCACAAAAGCUCUAGUUCUACUUUGCAUGGCGACUGGGUCGUUGGGUACCGACCACUUCGCCUGGGGUGACGUACUAUUUGAGCGGGUGAAAGCCUCGUUGACCGCUUUCGACGAUGUGGUCAACUUACAGACGGGGCGUCCAAAUUCAGCUUUCUUGCAUCUUGGGUCCGCAUCGCGCAAAGCCCUCUCGGCGGGGCUCAACAAAGAUGUCCCCCAGAUUGAGAAGCAAAGCCCAGAGAAUAUGGAAGAGCGCCGGAUUACUUUCUGGUCACUAUAUCUAUAUGAAACAUGGUUCUGCUUUCACGUCGGUCGACCAAGCUCGCUGUCAUUAAAAGAUGUUGCUAUCGAAUAUGCCCAAGACCCGUUCAUUUGUCUGUUGGUUCAACUCUGCAAGACUAUCUCCCGGUCAACCAACGAAAUCUACGGGCAACGUCACGAGUCCUUGUUACAUAUGUGGCGGGUUGCGCGCUCGAUCGCGCACGAUCUCCGGGAACAUGAGGCCUACUCGCAAAAGGUUUUGGGCUUUGGCUUAGAGGCCAGUCUUCAACCAGGUUCUCUUGGCGUUCGACAGACCAUUUUCACAACACUAUAUUAUCAUACGCUUCUUCUCACAUUCCGACCUUUCUUGAUAUUUCGCGGGCAUUGGCGCCGUGACAUGAAGCUCUCUCUACAACCUUCCGAUGCCGGUCAACUCCGGUACCAUGGCUACUUCAUUGGUAGCUCGACGUUCACCUUGAUAUACGACUUCCUUCACGAACCGGAUGCUGCAGCUACUCACUUGCCUUGGGUCUAUGCCUCACUGCAAAAUCUUUCUACCAUGCGGGCAGGAGAUCCGAUCGACAGUACAAUAUCCGCAAUUCAGACAGUAUUGCGCAGGAUUGAUCCUUCAUAUGAAUGGUCCCCGUAUCCCAAGCUCGAUGAAGAUUCCGUUUCUCAAUCGAGAGCAACAAUGCCCUUUUCCCAGCCCUCUUUCAGUGUCGAUGAGAACCAAGGGGUUCUAUCCGGCACAACAUUCCCUCAAAGUUCUCUGUUAGAAGGUCCGGAAACCGGUGGCUCUGGCGGAUCUAAUGAAGAUCUUCUCGAUUUCACUCAGUCCGACAUGGGAUGGAAUUUUGACUUUUCAACAAUGGACUUGGAAGCUUUCUUCUCUGUCCCUCAAUCUAUGGAUACCUCUUUCCACUAUUAA